CCAGUAGCAAGUAACGAGCAGCAGUGAAUGUGGAAAUCGAGCUAGACAGGGAGGGGUGGAUAGAUAGACUUAUCCGAACCGGAUCUCUUUCUCUUUUUAAAGUCUAAUUGCUUUCUUGGAGGAAAAAAAAAAAUAUCUACAAGGAAGUUUGCAUAGCUUGUGUGACGCUGUGGUAAUAAACUUCACCGUUGUGGCGGAACCCCGGUCGCUGCUGCAUUUUCCUCCGACUACUGUCAAGCAUUGUGAAAACAGCAAAGAAGAAAGAAGGCGAGACAACAUGGGGCGAUAAUUAAAAAAAAAAAAAGAAGACGAGGAAGGCUUGUGAACCGACGAUGACUCCUUGGGAGGAUCCGUGAAGCAUAUUUAUUUUUUAUUUAUUCCCCCCCAACCCCCCCACUUCCUUUUGUCUUUUUUUUUUCGUUGCUUUUUUUUUUUCGCCUCCUCUGCUACUUCAGGGAGGUUGUUUUUAAUAGAAAGCGCCCACAAGCAUGAUGGACCAAGCCGGCAUCCUGAGAAAGUUUAUCCAGGGCGUGAAAGCCAUGACGGAGGGGGACGACGACAGGGGAGAGGACAACUUCGGCAGCGACUUUAUGCGUCUGCGGCGGCUUUCCACCAAGUACCGCACGGAAAAGAUUUACCCCACCAACAUUGGCGAGCGAGAAGAAAACAUCAAGAAGAACCGAUACAAGGACAUACUGCCAUUUGAUCACACUCGGGUGAAGCUGACGUUCAAAACGACCAAUCAGGAUACAGAUUACAUCAAUGCCAAUUUUAUCAAGGGCAUGGAUGGCCCGGAGGCCUACAUAGCAACUCAGGGCCCCCUCCCCAACACUGUGAUCGACUUCUGGAGGAUGAACUGGGAAUACAACGUGGCUGUCAUUGUGAUGGCCUGUCGUGAGUUUGAGAUGGGAAGGAAAAAAUGCGAGCGGUAUUUCCCGCUGUUCGGGGAGCCCGUGAGUUUCGGCCCUUUCAGAAUCUCCUGCGAAUCGGAGCAAGCCAGGACCGACUACUCCAUCCGCUCUCUGGUGGUGGAGUACGAAAAUGAAACGCGCAGGAUAACGCAGUUCCAUUACAUCAACUGGCCCGAUCACGACGUCCCUUCCUCGUUUGACUCCAUCUUGGACAUGAUCGGACUCAUGAGGGAAUACCAAGAGAACGAUGACGUCCCCAUAUGUGUGCACUGCAGUGCCGGCUGCGGGAGGACAGGAGCCAUCUGCGCCAUUGACUACACGUGGAACCUCCUCAAAGCCGGGAAAAUUCCAGAAGAUUUCAACGUUUUCCGCUUGAUCCAAGAAAUGAGGACGCAGCGACACUCGGCUGUUCAGACAAAGGAGCAGUACGAGUUGGUCCACAGAGCGAUAGCGCAGCUCUUCCAGAAGCAACUGCAGCUACUGGAGAGCCCCACAAACGUGCAGAUCCACGACGUCAUGCAGGAUGAAAGCAGCCCCGACAAAGCGAGCCACCAGUCGGAUGACGAACGAUGGGACACGCCUCCUCCCAAACCACCUCGUAUACGCAGUGCUCAGGUGGAAGGCGACGUGAAAGAGGAGAUCCUGCAGCCCCCCGAGCCUCACCCCGUGCCCCCCAUACUGACCCCGUCGCCCCCGUCGGCUUUCCCCACCGUCACCAACGUCCGCCAAGACAACGACCGCUACCAUCCCAAGCCUGUCAUCCACGUCCUGGCCAGCGCGCAACAGAACCUCCCUCAGAAUAAAGGCACGGAGAUGGAGAAGAACCUGUCCGAAGCAAGUGCGAAGAAGCCGCAGAGCAGUCCAUCCGAGCCAAAUGACCAAAAUCAAAAGCAGCAGAUGUCCAAUCUGGAUCUGAAUGAAAACUACAACAACAAACUGUCUGCGGCAACAGCAAAGACGGAAUCGGGCCUGAGCGGGACCCCUUCCUUGCCCAUAUCCCCGGCGGCCGACUGCGGCGGCGCGCCACGCGUGGAGAGGAAGCUCAGCAUCGAGAUCAAAAAGGUGCCUUUGCAGGAAGGACCUCGCAGUUUCGACACUUGCGCCUCUAUGGGAGCGGCGGCCGGAGCGGGCGGCGGCUCGGCCAACAGCGGGAGCCCGCUGCAGAGGUGCCACGCCUUCAAGGCUCGCUCCGGACAGUCCCUGCUCACGUCCAGCUCCUCGCUGUCCGAGGACUCCGGCACGGAGGGCGGAGCGGGGGGAUGCGGGGAGAGCCACGCAGAAGGCGCCGUCCUCGCCAGACCCAACCAUCUCCCGGUAACGAGCGACGGCGGGGAGCGGGCGGAGCCGAAGGCCAGUCACGCGGCGUGGACUCAUGCCUGCGCCAGCCCCGAAAAACCUUUCCCCAAGACCUCCUCGUCUUCGUCGUCGUCCGAUCGCGUCGCCCCCUCCUCCUCCUCUUCUUCGCACCUCUCCUCCUCCUCGUCCUCCUCCUCGUCCACGCCGGUUCGGACUGCGCUGAGCUUCACCAACCCGCUGCACUCGGACAACUCGGACGAAGAGGGCGACGGGGAGAUGGCGGCGUGCCGGGAGAGCCAUCGCACCAGUAUUUCCACGGCGACGGUCACGUCCCUUAACUUUGGAGAUCAUCAGCCCGUGCGGAAGGUGUCGCCCAUGUCCAUCGCCGGGCAGAGCUCCUCGUCACCCGCUGCGGCCACAGCAAGUACGGCGACCGCCGCUGGGACAGUGACGACUCCCCUCCCCCCCUCCCAGAGAGGACCCCCGAGUCCUUCAUACUGGCCACAGACCCUCUGGACGUUAGGACACCCGCCUCAGCUGAGUGGAGUGGGUCACACAAAGAUAUGUCCGAGUGUGUCAAGAAGACCUCUGCAGCCGAUAGUCAGUCUUCGGCCGCCGCAACAGCCAACAGCAAGGCAGACCUGAGUGGGGUUCGAUAACCGCUGCAUUGCGCCCAAAGGCCCUCAACAAUGCCCCCAUGGAGUGGACACGACGGACCGCUCUGUCCACAACAAUGUCCUCCCUCUGGAGACGGGCCAAGAUCUCACCCCGGGGUGGUCCCAAAGCGAGCUUCUAAGAUGCCACCCUGCCGGCUGUGCGUUUUUGCAAGUCGGAGCCCCCCCCCUCUCCUUCACCCCCGUCCCCUUCUUCUCGAGAGGCUCGUCCGUUUGGCUGGCUGCCGGCGGAUGUUUCAAGACGCUGACGUGGGAGCCGUCUGCUUCUUCCCCCGGUUAGUCCGAAGCCUAAUAUCUUUGACGUGAGCGCAAAUAAGGAGCGCAAUCUUCUCUCUGAGCUGGAGACGUUUUCCUCUUUGACCAAAUGGAAGCCCUUCUUAUUCGAUGUUCUCCUUGAAAGCAACACUUGACUAGAAGGUGCCCUUCUACUGAAUCAGCAACAAUCUUCAAAGCGAAGUGAGAUAAUCUUAACCAUGACGCAACCUCCUGGGUAGUCUCCCCGCCUCCCUCUUCACUCUCCCCUCACGUUCUGUUCUGCUGAUGCUACGUUACCCAAGAUGAGCGUAGAAGAAGAAAAACGGGGACAUACCCUUGUGUCUCCCCUCUGUCAUGGUUUGCCUUUUAGCUGCAGUACUUUGGACAAUAGUCCUACGAUGUUUUUAAACCCGAGUCCCAGAGUGAUGUGGUCUGGUCCUAAUAAGUUGUUGAGAAAGAACAAAAGUAGCCGUUGAAGUAUUUAAGGUCCAAACAACUAUGCUUGGAGACUCGGGUUCUCAGUGCUGGGACCAUGAGCCGGCCUUAGUCUGACUCUCGAAGAAGACCGUCAAGCGCAGUCCUCCUCAGCUUUCCAAUCAUGCGUCGGUAUUUUUAUUUUUUUUUGCUUGCUUCAUUUUCUGCUGCUUGUCUCUUCUUCAUCGCCCCCUGGGGGAGGCCGUCAGGUGAACGACUUUGCACAUGCGAUACUCUCGUGGCAGUUGACUGACACCAGAACGAGCUCAUAUCGGACCCACAAGGACUCUCAUUGUUUUCUCGCAACGUCUAUUACAGGAUAUACAAUGUUUCAUAGUUUUUAUUUUUUUUUUUGCUUUUCGAAAGAUCCAAAACUGUACAGGUGAGUUGCGAUCUAUUUUAUUUCGGAUUUUCUUUCCGUUUAAACAGAAGAUGUAAGAAAAUUCGUCAACUCUACACAAAAAAGUGUAAAUUAUUUCUAGCUGCCUAUUUGUUUUUUGGGGUUUUUGCUUUUUGCCCAAAAAAAAAAGAUUUUAAUUGGUUGACAGAAAAGCAGCCUGUUGGCCCUGUUAAGAUUGUAAUAAUCAUGUUAAUGACAAUAAUAAUAAUGUGGCUUUUUUUUUUUUUGUAAAUUGUUUUAAAUGUUAUUUUUGUAUACGCAGUUGUUUGUCGCUUGGUUCGAUCCACUUCGCUCAAUUCCCAUCAGCCUUUCAACGCAGUUUAUUUCUCUUUCCUUGGCCUCGAGGUUUUGCCGACAAACCGUAUGCGCACUGUCCUCAAUUUCAGAAACAAGCCCACCUGUGCCUUUUACGAGACAGCCCCGCCCCCCCGCCACUCAUUUGAGUGGUGCUGAUAUUUGCUGCUGAAGCUCUUUUUGUUUACCCCACCACCACCCUCGUGUAACUCACCCUGUUGCCCCCCUUAAAACUACACACACAUUGUAUGUUGCAGAAAUCAAUCAGUAAAACGAACAUUAUAUGAA